CGGCAGAGGCCUAGAGAGCGGAGGGAGGUGACAGCAAUUUGUGCACCUCCCAGACUAGAACCAUGGUGCAUGGUCUAUACCUCCCUCCCCGGAGCCCUCCCAGUUCCUCCAAACCCCGCCGGUACCCUUACCUCCCCCUAGAAUGGCCGAACAGCCCGCCUCACCUGGGGGCCCUGGGAUGCGCACUUCUCGCCUUUAAGCUGUGUUUUAGUCUUCAGACUUUGAAGGGCCCACCGGGCCACUCGCCCGGCGUUAUUCGUGACCCGAUGGCUGUACAAAUUCUGAUCUCAAACACGAAACCAGAAUUUCCCCAGUGAGAACCUUAGUGACCCAGGAGAGAAGUCAGUUAACCCUGCAGCUUCCAGGCCACUCCACAUCAGACAGGCUCUGCUAGGAGGAGGACCACGUGGCUGCAAGCACCUGCUGAAUGCCACAGAGAAGGCAGCCCCCAUUUCACAGAUGAGGAAGUUGAGGCUCAGGGGAAUUUUUUUACCUAGUGAGGCAGAGGCAGAGGUAGGUGCAGAGCCAGUUGUGGGUUUUUUCCAUUGCAGACGCAUACAGUGAGCCUGAGACCUGGAUGACUCCAAGACACCUCUGAACCAGGCUGAACUGAACUGAGGAGAGCUAACAUGUCAUUGUGGUUUACAUGUGUGGUUUCCUACACCAGGGACUCUGCCUGACUUUGGAGGCACUAAAUUAUCAGCAGGGAGAACGCAGGCUCUGUGGAAAGACUAGAUGUGGCUCUUACCACUAUGACCUUGGACGAGUCACUAGAGCUGUCUGAGUCAGUUUCCCACAAGUAAAAUGGGGUCACAGACUCAGCUGCCUUCCUUCUGAGGGGGUGCCAACCCCAAGAGCACGUGUGUGAAGAUCUAUGAAACUUACUCACUGCAUGCCCAUGUACUGCUGCCAUCGUUUCUGUGCUCAGACUAGGUAGUACCCACAGGAUUGUCCGUUCUCUGGCAGCUCGGUGCGAAGGUGUUGACUCAACUUGCUUCAGAGCCUCCCACCAUGACCUCCAAGAAGCUGCUGAACUCGGUGGCAGGCUGUGCCGAUGAUGCCCUUGCUGGCCUGGUCGCCUGCAACCCCAACCUGCAGCUCCUGCAGGGCCACCGUGUGGCCCUCCGUUCUGACCUGGACAGCCUCAAGGGCCGGGUGGCAUUGCUAUCGGGUGGGGGCUCCGGCCAUGAGCCUGCCCAUGCCGGUUUCAUAGGGAAGGGGAUGCUGACGGGGGUCAUCGCAGGAGCCGUGUUCACCUCCCCGGCAGUGGGCAGCAUCCUGGCGGCCAUCAGGGCAGUGGCCCAGGCGGGCACAGCUGGGACCCUCCUCAUCGUGAAGAACUACACUGGGGAUCGGCUAAACUUCGGCCUGGCCCGGGAGCAGGCCCAGGCUGAGGGCAUCCCUGUGGAGAUGGUGGUCAUUGGAGAUGACAGCGCCUUCAACGUCCUGAAGAAGGCAGGCAGGCGGGGGCUCUGCGGCACAGUGCUCAUACACAAGGUGGCGGGUGCCCUGGCUGAGGCAGGUGUGGGGCUGGAGGAGAUCACAAAGCGGGUGAGCGCGGUCGCCAAGGCCAUGGGAACCCUGGGAGUGAGCUUGUCCUCCUGCAGCGUGCCUGGCUCCAGACCCACCUUCGAGCUCUCAGCCGAUGAGCUGGAGCUGGGCCUGGGGAUCCACGGGGAAGCUGGCGUGCGCCGGAUCAAGAUGGCAACCGCUGACGAGAUUGUGGCGCUCAUGCUCGACCACAUGAUGAACCCCUCCAACACGUCCCACGUGCCUGUGCGGUCUGGCGCCUCGGUGGUGCUGAUGGUCAACAACCUGGGUGGCCUGUCAUUCCUGGAACUGGGCAUCAUAGCUCAUGCUGCUGUCCGCACUCUGGAGGUCCGCGGGGUGAAGAUCGCCCGUGCCCUGGUGGGCACCUUCAUGUCAGCCCUGGAGAUGCCUGGCGUUUCUCUCACCCUUCUGCUGGUGGAUGAGCCCCUCCUGAAGCUGAUAGAUGCUGAAACCACUGCUUCGGCCUGGCCUAACGUGGCCAAGGUCUCCGUGACUGGGCGGAAGCGGAGCCGGGCAGCCCCCACAGAGCCCCUGGAGGCCCCUGAGUCCACUGCUGCAGGAGGCUUAGCCUCAAAGCGCAUGGCGCUUGUGCUGGAGCAGGUGUGCACCACCCUCCUGGGCCUGGAGGAACAUCUGAACGCCCUGGACCGCGCUGCGGGUGACGGGGACUGUGGCACCACCCAUAGCCGCGCUGCCAGAGCAAUCCAGGAGUGGCUGAAGGAGGGUCCACCCCCGGCCAGCCCUGCCCAGCUACUCUCCAAAUUGUCCCUCCUGCUACUGGAGAAGAUGGGAGGCUCAUCUGGGGCGCUCUAUGGCCUGUUCCUGACUGCAGCAGCCCAGCCACUCAAGGCCAAGACUGACCUCCCAGCCUGGUCUGCUGCCAUGGAUGCUGGCCUGGAGGCCAUGCAGAAGUAUGGAAAGGCUGCGCCAGGGGACAGGACCAUGCUGGAUUCUCUGUGGGCAGCAGGACAGGAGCUCCAAGCCUGGAAGAACGCAGGGGCUGAUCUGUUCCAAAUCCUGACCAAAGCAGUCAAGAGUGCAGAAGCUGCAGCCGAGGCCACCAAGAAUAUGGAAGCUGGAGCUGGAAGAGCCAGUUAUAUCAGCUCUGCGCGGCUGGAUCAGCCAGACCCCGGGGCAGUGGCAGCCGCAGCCAUUCUCCGUGCCAUCCUGGAGGUCCUGCAGAGCCAGGGUGUGUGAAUGUCUCCUCGGCCUCUGGCCUCUCUCACUGCUGUGCAGAGGUGGCCACUGUCACUCCCUUCUGCCUUCCAACGCUCCCCCUCCCUCACCCCUCACCCCCAGGGCCUGUCCUCUGAGUUCAGCAGGAAAUCCUCUACCAGCCUCCAGAACGACUCCACUGGAGAAACUGCAGGCCCAGGGUGGGUCACGUGCCCUCUCCCUCUUCAGGAGGGUGGGGUCACCCUGCUCUGCCCCCAGCUGGCUCUGGGCUUAGCCAUAAGGUACUUCCCAGGGCAGCAACACAGCCUUUCACUGGCAAUGCUUAUUUGAUUUAAGACUCCCUGUGAAAGGCCUUCUGCCCCUGAACCUGAGCCAGUGUGGAAAAGCAAGCUAAUAAACCACGUUGAAGCAACAAGCCGCUGCUUCCUCUGAGGGAUCUUUUUCCAUG